UUCCAGAAGAAGAAGAAUAUCCAGAGCACAGGGGUUCCACUAAUUAUAAUGGUCUUUUAUUUAGCUGGAAUGCAUUUUCAGGAAUCUUAUUAUAAUAUAGAUGGUUUAAGUUUCGUUUGUGUCUAGGCUUUGACCCAUCAUGACGGAAAAUACAAAACCAGAGACUGUACUGCAUAACAGCGUGGGCUUUGACGAUAUUAGUGAUUCGGAGCUCCUAGAUAUUGACCUCGAUCUUUGUACCGCGAGUUUGACAAGGAGUGACUCCCAUGUGACUUGCUGCUCUACUGCUUUGUCGGAAGACUCUAAAGUGUCUGAGAUGGAAGGUGACAGUGAGGACAAGUUUAGAAAGAAGAGGAAACAAGAUAAGCAAAGUCCUCUUAAAAGGUUCAACUUAAGGUACCUGUGUGUGACAGAUCUGUGUUCCCAGAGUUGGUGUGAGCAGCAGAUGGUUUAUGGCUUGGAAAUGCCAUACCUGCAACAGCUGGAAAAGGCCCCAGAGGUGGAACCAGGGGCCAGUAUACACUUAGCAAAAGAGCUAGAAGUGCAUGACAUUGUGUCUGUAAGUGUGAAAACCCGUGAAGAUGCCUGGGCUGUUAAGCUGCUAAAUCUCCUCUCUAUGAUCACAGUCCUCCAGCAAGGUGGUCGUGUGCGAGAGCUUCCUGUAUUUGGUGUGAUUGAAGGCAUAUUCCUAGUCGGAGUCAUUGACGAAUUACACUACAGUCCAAAAGGGGAGCUAGAAUUAUGCGAAUUGAAAACUCGCAGUCAGCCAUCGGUACCUGGAGUUGCACAGAAAAGGAGCCAUCAUUUACAGGUUUCUAUAUAUAAGCUUCUGUUUGACUCCAUGGUGAAAGGACAAUUAAAGCAAGAGAGUCUACCUCAAUAUCUUUGCCUGAAGACAGAAACUGCUUUGGGUUCCCAAGUCCUAGAGCAUGCUCGAAAACUGGGCCUUAAUGUUUCUUCUUUUGGUGACCUUCUGGAACUGGCUUUCCUAAACUUAAGAUUUUCUGAUAUUCCUGCAAUAGACAGUCUAAAAAUUGAAUAUUGCUACCAAGCAAAUAAUAGCCCACUUGGUGAAGACAUUGUGCAUUUUGAUGAACAACAGGUUACUAGAGAAUUACAUUUCUAUAGCAUGUAUUGGAUUGGAGAGCGGGAGGCACAAGGUGUUGACAUAGAGGACGCAUGGAAGUGCCGGUACUGUGACUUUGCAGAUGUUUGUGAAUGGAGAAUGAGAAGGGCAGGCAAUACUAUAUGGAAACAGCGAACAAAAAGAGCUAAAUAACUUUUUUUAUACAUUUUCAUGUAUGCUCAUUAAUUCGUUUAACAUUUAUCAUCAUGAAAUCCCUAGAAUUAUAGAAAAGACCAUUUUUACCACAGCUAUUUAUGUGUGUGUGUGUGUGUGUGUGUGUGUGUGUGUGUGUUUAUUACAUACGUCUGGAUGUACAAAAAGAACAUAAACCUUAGGAUGAAGAAAUGAACUGAAUGGCAUUCUAUGAGAACGUAAUGGAAAAGUGUUGCCCUGCUUAUGAUCAAGAACUGUUUGGAUUCUGUCUGAACAGAGCUGGUCGAAGAUGUGUUUUAUCAUGGAUAAAUGGCUAGACACAACCUUUGCAGGAUCACUGUUUUUGCAAGAUUUAUUCAUUUAUCUCUGUGGGGAGCUUCAGAUUUUCCCCACUGUUGUCCUACAGUGAAGUUCGUACAUAUAAUUUGGGCAUGCUUGCUGUAUGGCAUGGGGUUUGCCUCUGUGUAAAAGCUCUUAUUUUGAUCUAUGAGGGUGAUUUUAUUCAGCUAGUUUGUGCUCAGUCACUUGUGAUCAAGCAGUCAUGUGCUGAUCAUGUGUAGAGAAAGCAUAGUAAACUAACCUACACAUUGUUAGUGUGGCUAAGCUGAUGGUACACCCAGAUGUAGAGGUAGAUCAUAUAGAUCAUAGGGCCAUGUUUCACCCAGGGAUCUUGUUUCACAUUAGGGCCUUGCUUCACCCUAGGAUUUGGCAUGCAUUGUAAGUACUGGCAGCUAGUGUCUGUCAGAAUAUGUCAUUCUUGGCAUUAGAAUAUAAGCUUUUUGAAAUAUGCCAUGUAACUAUGAGGGACAGCUGUAUGAAACCUACUACAUCAGUGCACAGUUCUUAAACAGUGUGAUAACAUAGUGUCAUUUGGUCAUAAGUUUUUUUUUCUGGUUUAGAAUUUUUUUGCUCACCUGAUUCCAGAGCUGUUUUCCAAAAACAUGGCACUAUAUACCUAAUAAGCAUUGCUAUUUUUCUCAGUUACCAUAUUUCAGUGCCUCUACUGAUCACGUAUAAUAUAAAAUCUAUGAUAUCUCAAAGUACUACAGUACCACUGCCACUUUAAAUGCCAAGUGUAAUGUCACACUUUGUGUUUUAUUCAGUCUUUUCUAUUUUAUAGUUAUAAACAUGACCACUAGGUAUUCAUAUUGUAUUAAGAAUAAUUUUCCUCUGUUAUGUAUAAAGCAAUUGUUUAUGCGAUGUAUUCUGAAGAUAAGCACUACUGGUAAUGCAUUUUGGGGACGUUUUGCUCUCCUGUCAAAUAUGCACAUUCACUUGUGAUUUUUUUUUUCUUUUUAUAUAAACAUUUUAUUUUGUAAGAGGUAAGAUUAUAUGUAUGAAGGAAUCUAAGCUAAAAUUUUAUUUACUUAAUGUAAUUUAUUUUUGUGGUAUGUUCUUUCAUUCUCAUCACCUAUCAGAUUUGAUUCCAUUGCUGUAACUUGCAAGUUAUAGAAUUUUCUGGCAUUAUUAGUCAAAGACUCCAGAUGCCAGCAAUAUAGUUUCCUCAGUAUAACUUAGAAUUAAAGAAGUUAGCUGGUAUAAACUGUGGAAUAAUAGUGUUCUGUAUGGUCAGUAUAGCGAGUUUGAGGUACUUGUGUACGAUGUAUAUGCUUAAGGCAAAGUUCCAAACACAUGCAUUUGAAAAACUAGCACUUUUUGACCUUUAGGUUAUACUUAUCAUCCUAUAGCAUUAAGACAACAUUCCUUAGUAUAACUGAGCAUGUUCUUUGUAUUGGAAAACAUCUGUUAUGUGUUAUUAUUACAGUUUCUUACCUUAA